AUGUGGUUUCAGCCAUGGAGGUAUGCACAGUCCAGGGAGUGGAAACACCACAGCUUUGCCGACUGGAGUCGGUCAUCAUCAUCAUCAUCCACACAUGUACGAGUGUGAAAUCAAAGCUCAUUUUUACUUAAUACUAGUUAUUUUAAUUUUUCCUCCGAAUUUCCAGACCAGAAUGAUUCAGAACUGUAGUGAAAAUUUUAUGAAACAAUUUCAUAGAUCUAUUCCUUCAAUAUGAACCGCAUACUGAUUCAUAACGCAAAGAAAAUCGAGUUACCCGCAUGAACACGAUUUAGGAAACGUAGUUGGGGAAAAUUUGGAACAAUGUGCGUAUUGCUUGAACGUUCCCGGCUGCACCCCUGAAAAUUCGCAAUUGUCUUUUUUUAGGGACUGUUCAUUUUUUUUUUGUCAGGUAGCGGGGGCGGGGGGGGGGGGCAUGAAAGAAAUAUGGCUUGAAAAGGGAGGUCAAAAGGAACGAACAUUGAGUUUAAAGGGGGGGGGGGUCAUCACCAAAAAAUUCGUUCAAAUUUUGCAGUGACGGCAUUUGUAAUAAUGCAAACAGCUUACCAGAAUGCCAAAAACCAGCGUUCUGACAUUCAGAAAUUUCAGAUUUUCAAGGGGAAGCAUGCCCCUGGACCCCCUACUUUAUUAGGCAACAAAAGGCAAUUCUACCUCACUAACAUGCAGAAAAGCAUAAAAGAAUACCAAAUCGAACGUUUUAUAAGGUAAAAAUAACAAAUUUUCAUUUCUUUCUUUGUUCGGUCUCUCUUUCUUUUUUUUUUCUUUUCUCUUUUUUCUUUGGUGGGGGGGAGGGGUCUUCUCUAUAAAUUAGGGACACAUUGGUGCGGGGGGGGGGGUGGGUGCGCCCAAAAAACUUCUCAAGAAGAGGGGGGGUCAUCAUAUACUACAGGAGCUACCCGUCGAAUCCCACCAGCCCCCCACCCCUCCCCCAUUAAAAACGAACGGUCCCUCAGACUAAAAUCAUUCGGUAACUUCUCGUUAUUUUAAACUGGACAAACCUCUCCUGCUAGUCUUUUGAAACUUGAACAAGUGUCUCUUUUUUUAUGAAAGUUGCACGUCCGCUGGAAUUACUUGAUUCAUUUUGUGCCCCAUACAGACAAGGAGUAAUGUUAGGCUAUUUAAGGCAAAUUUCGUAAAAUUGAAACUAAUCACAGGACAAAUUGAUUGCGAAGACGUGUCGCCGUUGUUAAGCGCGGGAAAACGCGCUUAAGUCACGAUUGGUUUUAAUGUGACUUUUGAUUGGUUAAGUAACACGAGAUUUUUCAGCCAAUCACAAAACUUAGAAGUGCAAGACAGAAAAAAAGAACGAAAUUACUAUUGCCUCGCAACUGAAAGCCGCUCUGUAAAUCCCCAGAGUAUUUAAUAACCCAACUAAACUAUAUUUUUUUAGCGGCAUGUAUUUUCUGGCUUUUGUUGAGAGUGAAGAUAACCAGUGGUGUUAUUGAGGGUUUAAAGGGGCUAUGCCACGAGGGUAUUGCUCUUCUAGGUCAAUUCUGUGAUUAAGUCAUUACUUCGUGCCUUUAUCCUCCACACAACUGGACUUCCGACCUGUAGAGGUACAAAAAAGAUACCAAACAAAUUUCCAUCAAGGAGAGCUAACCAUAAUAAUUGAAAAUAUUAAUAAUAAUAAUAAUAAUAAUAAUUGGCUCAUGUUUUUCAAGUUUCAAUCCAUGUCCAUGCUGACCAUCCGUAGCAACAGAUGAACGACAGGAAACAGUUUCAAUACUUACCGUAAAUCCUACAUUAAGCCCCCCUCUCUAAUAAGCCCCCCCCUUUCAGAGGAGGAAAGUGAAUAAGCCCCCCUCCCCCUCCCCCCUCCCCCCCAUCCUUAUUCUUCGCAAGCAAUUAACGUGGACUGAUCAGCUAUGGUUUAUUCAGGCUGGAAGUUCAUCUUGUUUUUGGUCUUCAGCCGCAUGACCUCCAACUGCAUGUGCUUAACUUUUUCAACUUUACGCUCUAGUUUUCUGCGGGGAAUUGUUGCCAUUUCCUUAUUGUCAGAAAAAAGCAGUAUAACGCCCAGGAAUCACCAGUCCGUCCUCGAAAAAGCUUGCUUCCGUCGGUGAAAAUUCUAAGCUGCAACCUUCACGAGAUAAAAAUUUACACAGCAGGCGAGAGAAGACGCGUUUUAACUUUUUAUUAAGAAGCAAAUAGCGUGACAAUAACUCCUUUAAUUGUUCAAGGUCGAUUUAAUUAAUUAGCUCCAUGGUUCUUUUCAGAGCAUGUUGCCCUAAAUGUCAUCUAUACUACAGAGAAGUUAUGGUAUGUGUCACCGGCGGAGCCACUGUUAUUUCUCUGCUGGUUCUUUUAACGAUGCUUAAGACAAAGAUUGGUGAAUUUAAAGGCGAGUUUAAAGGUUAGUCAGUUUUUCACCUUUCAUUGUUAAUUCAUGCCAGUCCCUGUUGCAAACUGAAGAGUAGGAAAAGCAUUGUGUGAAACUGAAAAGCAGAAAUAUCCCGUGACACUGUUUUGUGGAAAGCGGUCAAUAUAAGUUCAAGAAUAUAACGUAAACCUUUCAACCGUUUGCCGUGAUUUGUAAGCUGCAUUUGUCACUUUUGGAACGAGGAAACUGGGCCCAGUUAACUUUCGCAAAGGUUUCUGGGACUGUUAGCAGGGACGGGGGAAAAUAUUGGCCAAUCGCUGACCGAUUCUAACUAUCCCAGAACCAAUUGUGGGACUCCUUUCGGUUCCAGUCCCAUUCUCGUUUAUAAAGUGGUAAAUCGCUUUUAGACAAGUUUCCAGUGAAAGUCAAGUGCUAUUCGUUUGCAUUCUUUGUUGAAAGGUUUUAUAUGUGACAGUAGAAUCAAACACAAGAGUGUAUCUUUAAUUUUAACUGCUAGAAUAUUCAUCUGCCUUUCUAACCACGAAGGGUCCGCUGGUACUACGUGGCCAUUUUAAAAUCACCCGUAACUGAUGGCGGUAAUAUUUCCUUCCUUGACUCUGAGAUUGAAAAUGAGUUCACCUCUCUCCGUUCAUCGCCCAUCGAUUGUUAACCGUUUUUUGUGUCAGGAAACGUUCGCGGUAGAUUUUUCUCAGUAGUUGUAAGAGGCCAGUUAGGCGCCUUUCGCUUUUGAGGGUAUUCUUCAUCUAAGGCUCAACUGGUGAAACACGUUUAACGAAAAGCAAUGUUUACUGUUUCCUCUGGCCUUUCUUUUUGUUAUCAUCCUGUGAUUUUUCCGUACACUGGUUUUAGGGGAUAGGAAAUGUGCGUUUAGCCAUCCCUCCCCUUCCUCUUCCCUCUCUUUACGUUUGUAACCCUUGCAGAAUGACAGGUUAUGAAAUGGAUGUUUAGAAAAAUGCAUGCUGAGGACCGCUUGCUCGAUAUUCUUACCCGUUUCCUAACUAUUGCAAUUUUGUAUUGCAAGAUGGCGCUGUGGUAGACGUGACCGUUCAAGAUGCGCUCCUCAGUAAGACUGCCUCAGUUAGCACAAGCUGCUCUAAGACAACUGGAUCAUCCAAAAGCCCGUGUCUAA